AUGUUCCUACAGACAGACCACUCCUCCAAACCACCCAAGAUUGUAUUUACAAGAAGAAUUUGUCAUGCAAAUAGUAACAGUAAUGGAAGCAUUUGUCUUGAUAUUCUAAAAUCACAGUGGUCUCUUGCUUUAACUAUUUCUAAAAUUCUUUUAUGCAUUUGUUCACUGCUAUAUAAUCCAAACCCAGAUGACUCCCUAGUGCUAGAGAUUGCACGGUUCCAUAAAACAGACAGAUAA